AUGCUCUUUCCAUUCGAAUUUGCCAAGCUUGGCUUCCUGGCGCCUUUUCUCAAGACGUUAUCUUACGGGUUGGGCGCAAUGCUCAUCAAGCACAUCAUCGAACUCUUCUGGAAAUCGAAGCUGCACCCGUCAUCUCCAAAAUCGCUUGUCGUCAUCCUCAAGCUUCGGCAGAAAUCUCCCGACACGGCCAACCUCAUGACUCUCCCGCGCGAAGUACGCGCCAUCAUCACCGCAAACCUGCUCAAGAUGGACAAAGACCUGCGCUUGUUGGCGCACGAGUCCUCCACCGACCCGGCCGUUCCUUACAAGUUCACGGCGGAUGUACGAAUGGGACACGCYGCAUUUCAAAAGCUGAAGGUUCUGAGGACCCUCCUACUCAUCAACAAGGAGUUUGCCGAGGAAAUCCUACAGCAGUUCUUCACAAUCAACAAAGUACAGAUGGAGAUCCGCCGGAAAUGUUGGCGCCAUUACCGGGAGGUACCGGAUUCCAUGUGUCUUCCUCGUGAGACAAUCCUGAUCAUUCCGAGUGUGCGCUUCACGAUACGGCGUUGUAGUGGGGAGUUGGAGGAGCAGGGUGGUGGGCCGGACUUUGAGCUGCUCAUCAAGACGAUGAAGCUGGGGAAUGGACCAGAGAGAGUAGUUGACGGUGGUGAGGCGCUCUGCGGUGAUGCGCGGGUGAUGCAGCUGGCGGAGUUCUGGACGGCCGCAAAGGGUAUGCGUUGGAAUCAGCAGAGGGUUUUCCUGGCGAUCAAGUUGCUCAAGAACUAUGCCGAUGGAGCUUAG